UUUAGGCGCAAAAAGUCAAGUAAUGACCGGAUGCUUGCCUCUGCCAAAGCCAUGGACAUUGAAGUUGACGAAGAUUUACUGGAAGAUCUCGGAGAUCAGGGAGAAAGGAAAGAGCGACAAGUAAAGCUGAAGCAAUUGAAAGAAUCUAUAUCAGUGCCGUUUUAUUUUACAGUGGAACUCACUGGUUUGCUGAAGACACCUCUGAUUCCUGCUGGUUUUAGUGGAAAGUACCCGACUAAAACUGGAUCCCUUAUAAUGCCAGGGAUCAAAGCCGACAGGAAUUUAGAAGAUAAUGAAAAAGUGGCUGUUGAAGAUGUAAGAAGAAAGAAAAGAAACAAGAAAAGAAAAACGUAACUUGCAUUCUUCAAACGAGGUCGACAACUGAUCGUGAAAGAAGAAGGGAGAUUAAAAACACGAAAUGGAGAAAGAUUCUUACUUGUAACAACUGGACUGGAAGAGAAAGAGUUGAUUUGAGCAAGGUUGACUAGUCAGUGGUAGAAUAAACUAAAAUCUCGUCUUAAAGUCUUUGACCCCGAUGCUAUAUGGAUACAAUGUAACUUGAAGCAAUGGCGUUCAUACAUCUUCGGGGCACCACCCUUCAGACUCGCGGUAUAAUACGACUGGACAAAGCAACUAGUCACAGUCUGACAACACAUGUCCACUUUGCGCAUUUUCUUGAUUUGUGAUUUGAAUUGAUUUACAGAUGUUUUGUUCUUUACUCAGUGGCCCGAAUUUAAAAGUUAGGAUUGUUUCAGUCACAUAUUGCCACUGGUCAUAUGAAGGUUUCAAGAAUGGGUCGGAAAGGAACUGAAAACGCUGUUUUAAAGGGAAAUCAUUUUUCACAUGCUUGACAAAUGUUGUCCACAAACCUUUCGCUAGUUCAUAUAUAUAAAAAAAUUUCAAAAAAAUAUGUAGAUGUGUAGUAAGCAGGAGAUUCAGUAAAAGCCGGUCUACCGCCGUUUGUUGAGCAGGGUCUCGUGUUUAGGUUUCACCUUACGCCUUUUCUGUCACAUUCGCUUUAUUACAUCAUCGGCAGCUACUUAAAUGUAUUGAGACCCCAGAAUG